AUGUUGCUCAGAAAUCUCGAUCCUAGGAGACGACUGUGCAACGGUACGAGGUUGGUGGUCACCGGACUGCGGACUCACAAUUUCAAGGCGAAAAUUUUGGGCGGUGACCCACAGGACGAAGACAUCGUCCUGCCCAAGAUACCGCUCACGUCCAGCGUUGAGGACGACCUGCACAUCCUACUGCGGCGCCUUCAAUUCCCGGUGAGGUUGUCGUUCGCCAUGACAAUCAACAAGUCGCAGGGCCAGACGUUCGACAGGGUAGGUUUGCUACUGACGUCGCCCCCUGUCACUCACGGGCAGCUGUACGUAGCGUUUUCGAGG